UAACACCAAUUCCUUCUUCCACCAUAUUUGAGUUCUUUUGCUUCUUUGAGAUGGCCGAAAAUACUCAAAGAAAUUCUAGGACAAUGUUUACUCCGAUUUCCGAGCUUGACAACACCCGUGCAACUUGGACCUCAAGUUAAGGGCUAUUCGUGUCUACUUUGUUCCAAGGUGGGCGAGAGGCGGAGAUUCUAUGGAGAUCGUCUUUCACGAUGAGCAUGGAACGAGGAUUCAUGCACAUCUCAACCGCUCGGAAAAAAAGAAGUUUGAAAGCCAAAUCACCGAGGAUGGUGUUUAUGCCAUUCGAAAUGUGCAUGUUCACGACAACUAUCAAAGUUUGAAAACAACCGCAAAUGAUAAGCUCUUGGGUUUUUUCAGAGAUACUGAAGUGAAAACUUUGAAUCGGAAUGAUUUUCCACGGAUCAUGUUUGAUUUAAAACCAUUUCCAGUUCUUCAAAGCCAACCAUGUUUGAAUGAUCAAGUUUUGAUUGACGUGAUUGGAAAGAUUGUUGCCCGAACUAAGGUUCAAACGAACAUUACUAGAGCCGGAGAUCAAAAAUUCAUGGAAGUCACACUUGAGGAUCAUGAGGGAAAUCGAUUGGGAUGCACUCUAUGGGGAGAGUAUGUGGAUCGUUUUUUAGAUUGUUUAACCCAAAAUGCUCAAGAACCGGUGAUCAUGUUGUUGAGCUUUUGCAAACCACAGCAUUAUAUGGGUACUGUGACCGUAUCUUCUGCGUUUCAUGUUACGAAGAUGCUUUUCGAUGGUAACUCUCCAGAGGUCAAAGAAUUUAGGACAAGAUUACCUCUACAAGUGGAUGACGUUGGAACAAUUGGAAGUAUCGUUUUAAGCGCUGGAGCUGAUGGGGAUGAAGGUGUUAUCAAAACUACCACGAUCAAAGCACUCUUGGACACUACAAAGCCCGGUCCCUACUGGAUUGUUGGUAAGAUUGCUUCAAUAAAUGAUUCGGGCGACUGGUGGUAUUUGGGAUGCACCGAAUGCAACAAAAAGGUUGUCCCUGAUGGUGAUAAGUUCAGGUGUACGGGAUGUAACACUACCAUGCUGCAUGGAGUGUACAGGUUCAAGGUCAAUGUUCGGGUCUAUGAUUCCACCGGUCAUGCUUCAUUCGUCCUUUGGGAUAGGGAGUGCAAGGAAAUUUUGGGUGCAAGUGCUUUUGUGCUUAGGGAAAUUAUGCUUGAGAAAAAUAUGGACCCAAAUUUCCUUCCGACAGAGCUUAAUCGUUUGCUAGGUGUACGUGGGUUGUUUCACGUCAUUUUGAAAGCCGAACUUGGGAGUCCAUACUGGAGUGGACCAAGAGCCUUUGGAGUUAGAUCGUUGGUCACGGAUGCAAAGAUAAUGAGCAGAUUUGAAGAGUUACUUGAGUGUGAAGAGGAAGGAUUUGAUGAAAAAAGUGAGGGUCUAUGGGCAUCUAUUGAGGAUUUAAGUGAGAAGAUUGCCUCGAAUGACCCCAGCUCCAGCCAGAGUGUGAACCAGAAGCAUAGAAGGAUUGAUGACUUGGACAAGACUGAUUCGAACCAGAAUCAGACAAAGCACCAUGGCACUACACCUGUGGGGGUUAGUGAUGCCGGAAAUGUGCGACGAAAACAUGAGCAAGGGGUGAUGAAAGUGGCAUAUCUUGGCGGUGGCAAACGCGAUGACGACAAAAAAUCAAAGGCGUCAAUGGUAGGUUUCGUUUGUAGCGGUGCGGCGGAGCAGAGGACGGCAGUGGUGGAGAUUCAAGUGAUAGUGGCAGGUAUGUGGCGGCGACGAUGGCGGCGGUGGGCUUCACCUUCGACGACGAUUGCAGUGGUGGGCCUCGAUGUCGGUAGCAUGCUGUUGUGAAAUUGGCCAAAUUUUACCUCUGCACCAUGACCCGUUCUGUUAAACUUUGAACAUAUGGUGGGUUUCCAUUCAUACCCCACUACAUGUGAUAUGACCCUUCCUUCUUCAUCAGCAAAAUGGGUAAGCUGAGGGGAAGCUUGUUGCACCUGAACUUCAGCUUGAAUUCUAGCAAACCCCUAUUUAGCUCUUGUAGUUGUAGCUUUGUCCCUUUUCAUGGGCUUACCAAUUAUACAUGCUAGCUUGCUCAGUCCUGUUAAGCUCAAAUAUUUCAUGUUCAAGUUUGGAAAUUGAACCUAGAUUGGUACAUCUUUUAGCUCAUCAGUUACAUCCACCUGACAUCCCGGACUCCAGGCUUUCAAAACACUGGCUUAUUAUCAAAAUAGUAGUAUCUUCGUUUGAGAUCGCCAUCCCUUCCCUCAAUCUUCUUGAAACUCAUAAUAUGCUGCCCUUCCUUCAAGAAAAAACCUCUUUAGAUGUUGUAGUCUUUCCAAAUUCUAUGCACAAAUUCAUCUAUGAUCUCCACUGGAGGAUUAGCUCCUAAUACGUAUACAACAAUCGCCUGAUCCCAGACCCCCCAAAUCCUCAAUCAGAUCAUCUUUAGUGAUUUUGGUAAUACACUGUCCAUUAAUCUCAUCAGCUUGAAUAUGGCAUAAGAUCAUAAUCAAUCUUAUCCGAUCCUUCAACCACCUCUGUAUACAAAAUCUGUUUCUUCUUAGGUUUUAAUUCCUCAUUUAAUCUCUCUUCAUCCAGAAUUUCAGUGAUUCGUUUUCCAUUGGGUUUAGAUUUUUUGUGCAAAAUUGGGAUUGAGCCGGUUACCUCGUUCCCUGGGUUUUAGGACUCGAU